AUGAGCUCUACAUCGAACAGACCCCCGCUAAGAACAUAUUCAAAGACAUACUCCAAAAGAAAGCACCAGGAUGGCUCUGACGGCACACUCAAACGACGACGCGUGUCGAUAGUCGAGAACGAGGAUAGCGAAUCUGCUCCUUCCUCAGACUUGGGUUUUCCAUCAUCAGACAAUGCUAUCUUCUCCGAUGAAAACCUUCCCCCUUCAACCCCUCCAUCUUCACCACCAUGUGUUGCGGCCUCUCCAAAAACGGUGCCUACAAAGCUGCGACUUUCAGAACUCAAAGAUGACAAGUCUACCUUGGUCAUGAAACCUCCUUCGAAGACGCAGAAAUCUCUCGUUCAGAUGCAGCUCAAUUUCGGGCAGUCCAUGCGAAAGACAUGCAAAGAAUGUCGUAUGGAAUUUGUACCCUCUGCCCCAGAAGACGUUGCCCUACACAAGAAAUUUCAUGCCCAACACACGAACGGCGUUUCGAUGGACCGAGACUUCCUUACCAAAGUCAAGACAGAAAAGGCAGUCUGGCAUGGACCGAACGGAGACUUUAUUAUAUCCCUCAGCUCUCAAGAUCCCAGGCAUUGGCUGAAGAAAGCCCGUGCCGUGUUUGAUAUGGCAACAGCUGACUUGGGGGCUGUUGACAUAUCAGAUGAGAAGCUAUGGGGAUGGCAGACCUCUACAUCCGCUGCUCAGAAAAACUCAGCAGAUGCGAAGGAAGGUAGUUGCGACAGGUACAAGCUGUAUCUGUACAUCGACAAUGGUAGAUGUGUAGGUGUCUGUCUUGCAGAAGGAAUUGAGAAAGCAUUCAAGGUUCUCGAGUCAAAGAAGGGAGUGAGGGGUGAAGAAGAGGAAGAGGAAGAGAAGGAAACGGUGACAACGACAUCAGACUUACCUCGGAUACAGGGGAGUGAGUUGUUGUCCGUCAGCGAAGAAGCGAACGAAGCCGCAAUUGGCAUCUCUCGAAUCUGGACAUCCAAAGGGUCGAGGAAGAAAGGAAUCGCAAAGGCACUGCUGAAGUGUGUUGCAAAGACGUUCCUCACAAAGGUUACAGCCAAAGACAUGGUUGCUUUUAGUCAACCUACCGAGAUGGGCACAGCCCUAGCGAGGCGGUGGUUUGGACAGGAAUACGGAUGGCAUGUAUACAUCGAUUGA